CCGGUGGAUCACUUCCACUUCCAUAUCAACAAAACAAAAAUUAAAUUAAAUUGAAUGCGAAAGUUGAUUAAUUUGGUAUUGUGAUCCCAGAUUAUUCUCGAUUUCAAAAACCUAGAUUCAUUCAAUUCAUUCCCUCCUCUAUCUAUCUGUUUUCGGAUCUUUCCCCGAAAAACAAAUUCCUCUUUUUCUUCGUUUAUUCGGAAGCAACAUCGCCUUAGAUAUAGGGGAUUUGAUCCUGCUGCUCAAACUCAAGAACUAGUAUUGGUGUUGUGAAAUCUGAACUGCAUUUGGGUUUACAAAGACUAGCGUAAUUUUGGAGACCCCAGAGAGUUUGGGCUUAAUUUUUCUGAGGUGGGUAUUGAAAUCUUUGAGCUUUGAAGCAGAAAUCAGAGAGGUCUUUUUGUUUGGUGGGUGUGUUGUGAAAGAGAUUAAAUGGGGUGAUGAGAAGAGCACAUGUUAGUUUGGAGGAACAAUGACUGGAGGGUCAUUGGGACUUCGCUCAGGGAGUUACGGGGCAUUGGAUAAACAGUUGAAUAACGUAGUUUCCGUUUCGCCGAUCCAAACAGCACGGAAGCCCUCCAAAAUGAUGAAGGAGAAGGAUUAUUUGUUUCCUUGGAUCUGCAAGUUCGUCGGUAGGAAGAAGGUUGGGAUGUUGCUUCUUUGUGUUGUUUCUGCUGCGGUUUUCCUCUGGGUACUCUACGUCGGCAAAGGUGAGGAUGCUCAAGAAGGACAGCAUAUCCAACGCGUCAGUAUUAACAAUAGCAUAGUUAUGAGUUACAGGGAAUCUUCAGCUGAAGAUAUUAUGGAUAAUAGUAGUAGUUCUUUGGCAAAGGGGAUAAAGAUAUCUUCAUUGGCAUCACCUCCGCCUCCUCCUCCAGCACUUUUCCUGGGUUACACUCUUCCACCAGGACACCCAUGUAACAAUUUUGCCCUACCUCCCCCACCUGCAGAUAAAAAGAGAACUGGUCCGAGGCCAUGUCCAGUAUGUUACCUUCCUGUGGAAGAAGCUGUCGCCUUGAUGCCUAAUGCCUCAUCGGUUUCACCUGUUCUUAAAAAAUUGGAUUAUAUUUAUGAGGAAAAUUUAAGAAGGGAGACGGAGUUUGGAGGUUCAGACUUUGGUGGAUAUCCUACUUUAGCCCAGAGGACGGAUUCUUUUGACAUAAGGGAGUCAAUGAGGGUGCAUUGUGGGUUUGUUGGAGGAGUCAAACCUGGUCGCAACACAGGUUUUGAUAUCAAUGACGACGACCUUCAUGAUAUGGAGCAGUGUCGUGGUGUGAUUGUUGCAUCUGCAAUAUUUGGAAAUUUUGAUGUUAUAAAUCAGCCAAAGAACAUUAGUGAAUAUGCCAAGAACACUGUUUGCUUCUUCAUGUUUAUCGAUGAAGAAACAGAAGCAUCAUUAAAGGGAACUGGCAUCCUGGAAAGCAGCAAGAAAAUUGGGUUGUGGAGAAUCAUUGUGGUCCAUAACUUACCUUACAAAGACGCGAGACGAACUGGAAAAAUUCCAAAACUUCUGGUGCACAGAAUGUUUCCUAAUGCUCGAUAUUCUCUUUGGAUUGAUGGCAAACUUGAGCUUGUUGUGGACCCAUAUCAAAUUCUUGAAAGGUUCUUAUGGAGAAAAAAUGCUACGUUUGCAAUUUCUAGACACUACAAACGCUUUGAUGUGUUUUUGGAAGCUGAUGCAAAUAAAGCUGCCGGAAAGUAUGAUAAUGCUUCUAUCGACUUUCAGGUUGACUUUUAUGUAAAGGAAGGUUUAACUCCUUAUUCCGAAGCCAAGCUUCCCAUUACAAGCGAUGUUCCAGAGGGAUGUGUGAUACUUAGAGAGCAUGUACCUAUUAGCAAUUUGUUCAGUUGCCUCUGGUUCAAUGAAGUUGAUCGUUUUACAUCACGAGAUCAAAUUAGUUUUUCUAUUGUGAGGGACAAAAUUAUGGCCAAAACAAAUUGGACAAUCAAUAUGUUCAUGGACUGUGAAAGGCGCAAUUUCGUGAUUCAGAAAUAUCAUAGAGAUGUACUUGAACAGAAGGCUCAUUCUGUUCCCAUGGCUGUCCAUCCCCCACCACUUCCACCUUCUCUACCAUUUUCUGUACUUAAUCCAGUCAAUGACUCAUCGUCCGACAGAGUUUCAAGUUUACCGAGGAAGCCUUCCCCUAAGCGUAAUCGUGAGAGGAGGUCUAGGCGUCAUCGGAAAGUCGCUGCAGGUAUAAAGGACAAUGAUUUGAGUUGAAGUUUUGUUCAGAAGAGUUAUUUUUAUCCCUUUUCAACAACCCCUUUUAAAAUAUAUAUAUAUAAAUAUAUACUGGGGCUAGGAUGGUUGUGCAAGAUGAGUGCUCUAAUUAUAUUUCUACAUAGCUCAAUUUCUCAUUCUUUCUUCUUCUAUUGGACUUUCCAUUCAUUUUUCAUGUAUAUAGAGCAAACCAAACUAUAUCUAAUAAUAAUUGUUUUUAUGGGUUGCCCCCAAAUUCUACUGA